AUGGCAAACUUUAACCAUAUGCCCAAUGAGAUUUUGGAAGAGAUAUUCGAUCAUCUCGAUUAUCGGACGCGCCGCAAUCUGACGCUAGUGUGUCGACGAUGGAACACUGUCCUGCUAUCGCAACGAUUCAUUGCCCGCAAUGUAACGCUCCUGAUCGAUGGACAACGUACGCUUGUGCUGCACAAACAUCCCAUCCAAAGAGGUUACCCAAAUUUGACACUCAAACUGGACAACGCCAUCAACGGGGAUGCCUUCAAAGGGUUACGCUUGCUACCGACAAUCGUCCCAUCACCGUCCAACGUGAAGCUGCAGCUGGUGUUUCCGAACGAUCCGCGCUGGGUCGCGUUAUGCGAAGCACAGUUUAUAAACCUUCGCACCGUACAAACGUUCCAUCUGAUGGGCUGUUGCCGUACGGAACAUCCGCGCAAACCGCUCACGAUACAAAUGGACCAGCUGCAUACGCUAAACCUGGAGUGCAGUGGCGUGCAGGACCUGUGCCUAGUGGCGCCCAAACUUUCGCGCCUUCAUCUACACGUGCUGUCUGAGGAACAUCUCGAUUUUCUGCUACAUUUCAUCCACCAGUUAAAGGCGCUUAGCAUCGUGUUCGACUCGAAGGAGAGCUACUUUUUCUACAACCUCAAACCGAACAAUUUGCGCGAGCUUGCGAUCGAUCGGCGCCAGAAAGGUAUGACGAAGAGUGAGCGAAACAUUAGCAUUGCAUUCUUCAAGCGUCUGAAUCACCUGCAGCGGCUGGAGCUGCGUGUGAAGUUUGUCGACAGCUACGUACUGCACACCAUAGCGAACGCACUGACGCAGUUGGUUGAGCUGUCGCUUGAGGUGGCCGAAGGUACGAUCGAGCUAAAGCACAUCGCGAACCUAACCCGACUCAACCGGUUGCGCAUUGUGGCGUGUCGCGUGAAUUUACAAAGCGUGCACUUACCAGCGCUGCGAACGUUGGAGCUUGGCUCGGCAGAACUCCCCGGUACCUACCUCGAGGGCAUCGAAGGACUGAUGGCUUUCCAUCGGAUGCGAUCGUUAACGUUGAUGAAUGUGAAGGUUUACCCGGAGAUGCAGCAGCUCACGCCAACGUACAGCGUAGAGCGGAUGGUUCUUGCCUAUUACCGGCGGCUGGAGGAGACUCACCUUCUGAUACUGGUCAAACGGUUCCCCGCAUUGCGCUGGCUUCGGGUCAGCCACUGUCACGGUGUUUAUAGGCGAGAAAUGGACAAACUGAAGCGGAUGAUGCCGACGUUAGCGGUAGCGUUCGACGAGGCUAAAAGUGAUAGAAUUUAA